UAAAGACAACUUUGUUCAGAAAGCUGGUAGAGCUCAUGAGGCUCUGAUAUGGAGAUUUUGGGUGGAGCUGAACUCUGUUUUCCACAACUCAUUAACACUUCCUGCAAGAAAUCCAUGCAGCUUCAUUCUGAGAGCAUUUUCAUUUAUGUUCUGCUGUCCUGUAUCUCGUUUGUGACCGUGACUCUCAACCUGCUGGUCAUCAUCUCCAUCUUCCACUUCAGGCAGCUCCACACUCCCACCAACUUCUUCCUCUUGUCUCUGGCUGUCUCAGACCUGCUUGUUGGACUCUUGCUGAUGCCCUUUCAAAUCAUGUUGUUAGGAGGAUGUUGGUAUUUGGGAAACCUUGUGUGUGUAAUGUUUAAAUACAACUCUUUUGUUAUUCCCUCUGCCUCAGUCGGACACAUGGUGCUCAUAUCAGUUGAUCGGUUUGUGGCCAUCUGUGACCCUCUAUGUUAUCCUUCUAAAAUCACUCAAAAAAGAGUUAAAGUGUGUGUGUGUAUGUGCUGGAUUGGGUCAGUGCUGUAUAAUGGUGCGAUACUAAACCAUUUUCUUAAACAACCUGAAGCACAUAACUCCUGUAGUGGAAAAUGCAUAGUUACUCUCGACGUCUUAACAGAAACGUUUGAUCUGAUAUUCACCUUUAUUGGUCCCAUUACAGUCAUCAUAAUUCUGUACAUGAGAGUAUUUGUGGUGGCGGUGUCUCAGGCUCGAGCCAUGAGGUCUCAUAUUGCAUCUGUCACUCUGCAGGGUUCAGUUCCUGUAACUGCUAAGAAGUCAGAGAGAAAAGCAGCUACAGCUCUCGGUGUUGUUGUGCUGGUGUUCCUAAUAUGCUUUUUUCCUUAUUUUUAUAGUGUUCUUGCUGGCCAGGAUUAUCCAUUUGGUAAACAAUUUUCAGCUUUUGGACUUUGGCUGCUUUACUUUAACUCUUGUUUAAAUCCACUUAUCUACACAUUUUUCUACCCCUGGUUUAGAAAGUCUGUUAAACUCAUCAUUACUUUUCAAAUAUGCCAACCUUAUUCCUCUGAUGCCAACAUACAGAAUGAUUUCCCACAACUUUAAAACUGAGAACAGUGCACUGAAGCUACAUUUCUCGGUUAUUUCUGUUCACAAUGUUAAUUUUGCAUCACAAAAUAAUUGCUAAAUGAAAUAACCAUCUCCUGAACAAGUAUUGAUGCAUGUUUUUCCUC